AUGCCGAUCCCAAGACUUGACAUCGGUUCAGCUGCCGAAGCUAGCCAACCCGCAGCCCUCAAGGCUGCAUUGGCUGAGUUCAUCUCGAUGCUUAUUUUUGUUUUUGCUGGAGAAGGUUCCGGCAUGGCAUUCAGCAAGCUCACAGAUGGUGGAGCCGCAACCCCUGCUGGGCUAGUAGCUGCUGCAUUGUCUCAUGGUUUCGCACUGUUUGUGGCUGUCUCGGUGGGUGCCAACAUCUCCGGUGGACACGUCAACCCUGCUGUUACCCUUGGUGCUUUCCUUGGUGGUAAAAUCUCGUUUUUCAGGAGUAUCCUUUACUGGAUUGCUCAGUGCCUUGGUGCUGUCGUUGCUUGCCUUCUCCUUAACUUCUCCACCGGUGGACUGCCAACAUCUGCAUUUGCUCUAUCCUCUGGAGUGAGUGUCUGGAAUGCUCUCGUCUUUGAGAUCGUGAUGACCUUUGGACUUGUUUACACUGUCUACGCUACUGCUGUCGACCCAAAGAGGGGUGACAUCGGCAUCAUUGCUCCCUUGGCCAUUGGUCUGAUUGUUGGAGCCAACAUCUUGGCUGGUGGUGCCUUCGACGGUGCCUCCAUGAACCCUGCAGUAUCCUUUGGUCCUGCUGUUGUCAGCUGGACAUGGGACAACCACUGGGUCUACUGGCUCGGCCCAUUCAUCGGUGCUUCAAUUGCUGCUCUCCUCUACCACAUCGUCUUCAUUCAGCCAGACAACUACGAGGAGCUUCCUAACUAA